CCUCCUUAACUGAAGGACUGAGGAAGAGAAAGCAUUUCAGCUGCAAUCACAAUAGCACAACAUUCAGUGGACUGACUAGUCACAGCUCGAACAUUUUGUUUUGUUCACAGCAGCUUUGAGUCAUCAUGGCAUGCAUUUAUGGAGAUAUCAUGAAAAUAGACACCACUGGGGCAUCAGAGGUGACAGCAAAACAGGACAAGUUAACUGUAAAGGGAGUUGAAGCCUCUAAAAAACUGGCUGAGCAUGAUCUGGCCCGAAUGGAACAAUACAAGUCCAAAAUCCUCAAAGUUGCCCGAGCAAAGCAGAUGGACCCGGCUGUGAUUGCUGCCAUCAUAUCCAGAGAGUCCCGGGCUGGAGCGGCACUGAAGGAUGGAUGGGGUGACCACGGCAAUGGCUUUGGUCUCAUGCAGGUUGACAAACGCUACCACAAACUGGUAGGUGCUUGGGACAGCGAGGAACAUCUCACACAAGGAACUGAGAUACUCAUUGGUUAUAUCAAAGAUAUUAAAGCAAAGUUUCCCACAUGGACCAAGGAGCAAUGCUUUAAAGGUGGAAUAUCAGCGUAUAAUGCAGGUGUGAAGAACGUGCAAACAUAUGAGCGCAUGGAUGUGGGCACCACAGGCGGUGAUUACGCUAAUGAUGUUGUUGCCCGAGCCCAGUGGUUCAAAAGUAAAGGUUACUAAGGAAUAAAUGUAGUCUAAUGCUAUUUUUAAUAGCUCACUCUAACCACUGAUCACAGUUUUAUACUUUAUUUUGUAUUUGCUGGAAAUAAAUAAAAUGUCUUUAUUCAAA